GAACGUGCAGUGAAGCUAAACCGUAUCAGUUUAGAAAUGAUGGGACUGUGGCCUAAGGCCCGACAAAACUAUCGAGAGAAGUUAAUGUGUAACUUACGUGUGCUCUUCAUAUUUGUCGCGAUAAUAAGCAGCAUUCUUAUCCCCUCUGUACAUUCAUUGAUAAUAACACACUCGGAUCUCAUGCAAGUGGUAGACAAUUUACAAUCAACCGUGCCGGGGGUUAACUGCGUACUAAAAAUCGUGAUCUUUUGGAGGAAGAAGGAAGCUACCGCAACGGUAAUAAGCAUGAUGAUGGAGGAUUGGAUAAGCUCGAAGAGUCCGAAAGAGAGGAAGGUGAUGAUGAGAAGAGCCGAAGCCGCGCGAAUAAUCACCGCGAUCGCGUAUUUCCUUAUGGGAUUGGCGUACACUUUUAUUGUCAUUCUGCCAGUUGGAAUCACCACGAGAUACAUAACGAAUAUUACCGAUCCGGGUAGACCGAUGCCGGUACAGACCCAUUACGUGUACGAUAUAACGAAGACCCCGCAGUAUGAGCUGACAUAUAUCGUGCUUUUUUUUUCCUGCUUCUUCACCUUCGCGUGUUACGCGGGAAUCGAUAAUUUUCUUGCACUCGUCGUGUUUCAUAUCUGCGGCCAAUUGGACAUUCUCCGAUAUCGUUUUCUUUCUUUGGAUAGAUUUACGAAUUUUCACGCAGUUUUAAAGAGCUGCGUGAUGGAUCAUAUGCGAUUGCUAAGAGCCAUUGCAGUUGUAGAAGAAACAUACAAUGCGAUAUUCCUCAUAUUAUUCUUAUGUAAUGGUGUUUUAUUCGCGUUCUACGGUUUUCUUAUAAUUAAUUUGCUUACAAAAGAGAAUGACGUACCGAUCACUCGCUUAGUAUAUCUCAUAAGUAAUACAAGUAACAUAUUCGCUCAUACAUGCCUUUAUUGCGCUAUCGGCGAGAUUUUAAUGACCCAAUGCGAUAGAAUUUAUUAUGCUGUGUUCAAUCAAGAGUGGUAUAUUUUGGAACCAAGCAAAGCACGAGAUUUAAUUCCUAUAAUAAUUAAAACCAGAAAGCCGGUUUAUCUCACUGCAGGAAAAAUAUUUCCCAUAACAAUGGCUACAUUUUGCAGUCUAAUAAAAACAUCGGCUGGCUACAUAUCUGUCCUACUUAAUAUGUCAGCUUGAAGAUUCAGAUAUACACAAAGUAAUUCUAAUAUUAUGAAAA